AUGGCAACAAAACACUUCUUCCCCGACACCCACAACCUCGUCGUCCGCGGCCUCGAGUCUCUGGUCGCAAAGAACCCCCAUCUCUCCCUCGACGCCCCCAACAAAGUAGUCUACCUCCCCACGCACUCUUCCUCCAAAGUCUCUGUGCUUUCCGGCGGCGGCGCCGGCCAUGAACCAGCCUGGUGCGGCUACGUAGGUCAUGGUCUGCUCUCUGCAGCAAUUAGCGGCGAAGUGUUUGCUUCACCAUCGACAAAGCAAAUCAUGGCUGCAGUGGAAAAAGUGCCGAGUGACAAGGGAGUGAUCUUGUGUAUCACAAACUAUACGGGAGACAACUUGCACUUUGGGUUGGCGAGGGAGAAGGUGGCUGGUGCGGGCAGGAAGGUGGGGAUGUUGAGGAUGACUGAUGAUGUGGGUUUGGGCAGGGAGAAGACGAGCAAGUUGGGUAGGAGAGGAUUGGCUGGAAACAUGUUCGUUCUCAAACUCUGCGGUGCCGCUGCCGAAGAAGAGUACGACUUUGACACUUGCUUUGCCAUCGGCGAGAGCGUCAAUGGUCAUUGUAUUACCAUUGGAUCAUCGUUGGAUUACUGUCACAUCCCUGGACGAGCACAUCACGAAUCCCUACCUGCAAACACACUAUCGGUCGCUCAAGGCAUCCACAAUGAAGCUGGCCUCCAUGAGAAGGAUAUUCCUCCACCAGACGAAUUGAUACAAGAGCUGCUGCGCUACCUCCUCGACGAGAACGACAAGGACCGUGCGUUUGUUCAAUUCACAUCAGAUGACGAGGUAGCCUUGCUCAUCAACAACUUCGGCGGUCUCUCCAACCUCGAACUCGAAGCCUUGACAUCCUUGACCAUCAGCCAUCUCAAGUCGGACUGGAACAUCUCGCCGACAAGAGUAUACGCACAGCCUUUCGAAACAUCGCUUAACGCGCCCGGCUUCAGCAUCUCCCUCCUCAAUCUGAGCGGCGUCGCAAAAGAGACAAAGAUGGAGGAGGACAAGCUGUAUGCAUUGCUGGACAGAGACACAGAUGCACCGGCUUGGCCGAGGAACUCAUACGGUCAGAGCAGAGUCGACAGCCCGACACAGACAAGGGCGUCGCUGUCUGGCCACGGGACGGUGUCUUUUGGACCCAAGCUGGACGUGGCCACACUCGAAGGUGCACUCCGAAGUGCGUGCGAAGCGGCUGUAGCAGCGGAGCCCGACAUUACCAAGUGGGACAUCGUCAUGGGCGACGGCGAUUGCGGCGAGGCGGUCGAGGGAAUGUGCAAGGGUGUCCUUUCACAACUCUCAGCCGGACUGGUGUCGCGACACGAGGGAGCAUUGCUGCCCAUUCUUGACGAAAUCGAGAGUGGAGUCGAAGAAAUCGGCGGGACGCUCGGGGCCAUCAUCAGCAUCUUGCUCGCCUCGUGGACGUCAGACCUCAAGAACACGUAUCGCGCCGACUCUUCCCUUGAUUUCAACGAGCAAGUGGCGGGCCGCAGUGCGGGACAGGCGUUGAAAAACCUGCAGACGUACACACCGGCGCGUGUGGGCGGACGAACAGUCAUGGACACAUUGAUCCCCUUUUGCGAGACGCUGUCCGAACGAGGCGAUCUCGAGGCAGCCGUGGCUGAGGCGGUCAAGGGUGCAGACAAGACGGAGGGCAUGGCGGCCGUGUACGGGAGAGCGACGUAUGUUGGUGACAAGAUCAGCGAAAAGGACGUGCCCAGGGACCCGGGUGCUUAUGCUGCGUCGGUCUUCCUGCAAGGUCUGUUGGACGGACUCAAGGGCAAACUGUAG